UUAUUUGGAAACUUCAUGUGCUUCUCUUCCAUGGAUGGAGCAGCAAGAGCCAUAUGACCUUAUUAUCUUUGCCUUCAUGAUGGAGGAAAUGGAUGAGCAACUCUUUACAGUAAGUUAGGAUUUUAUUUCAUUGUUAAUUCAAAAUUAAUAAACAAAUAAAGACCUUUGAAAUAAGGGAAAAAAAUUUCUUAUUGAAGCCUUGAAAGCUGAAACAGCAUAAUAGGUAAGGGGUUUACUUCAAACAACCCAGAGUUGCCUCCCUCUUGCUCUGUCUCUAUCUCGAUCUCUCAGUUUUAUUUCAUGGUGGGUCUCAUUUCUCUUCUUGUUUGGUGAUCUUCCAAUAUCUUUGAGCUCAACCCACUCUCUCAAAUUACAGACACUAGCAGACAUUUGCUUCAAUUUCUCUUUUUCCUCUCUCUCUCUCUCUCUCUCUCUGUAGCAUUUUGGCCGCCGCAAUGAGCUCACAAGUUUCCAAACCUUCAAAACCCUCAAAACCUCCAAACUCUUCGACUACAGCAGCAUCGUCACCAGCAUCAAGAUCAUCUUCUUCCUCUCUCUCGUCCCACCUCGCCAUGGUUGAAGUGAAACAGCGAAUCCUCAACUCCCUCUCUAAGCUCUCCGACCGAGACACCUACCAGAUCGCAGUCGAAGACCUUGAGAAGAAUAUCCAGACCCUCUCCCCUGAUGGCAAUGGCGUUUCAAUACUCCUAAAUUGCCUCUACGACGCUUCCAAUGACCCUAAACCCGCUGUCAAGAAGGAAUCCCUACGUCUCCUUGCCCUCCUAUGUACCACCCACUCCGAUUACGCUUUGACCCAUCUCACAAAGAUCAUUGCCCACAUUGUCCGGCGGCUUAAAGACUCUGAUUCCGGCGUUCGCGAAUCUUGUCGUGAUGCCAUCGGAACAUUAUCGUCUCAGUACCUGGGGGGUGAUGCUGAUAAUGGGAAUAUUGGAUCGGUCGUGUCACUGUUCGUGAAGCCUCUGUUUGAGGCAAUGGCAGAGCAAAAUAAGACGGUGCAGGCUGGCGCCGCAAUGUGCAUGGCCAGAAUGAUUGAUUCCGCUGCGGACCCGCCUGUUGCCGCAUUCCAGAAGCUGUGCCCCAGGAUCUCCAAGUUCCUCAACAGUCAGAACUACCUUGUCAAGGCUGCCCUUCUGCCUGUUGUCGCUAGCCUAUCUCAGGUAGGGGCAAUUGCACCACAAAGCUUACCAGUAUUUCUGCAAAGCAUUCACGAGUGCCUUGAAAGUACAGAUUGGGCAACACGUAAGGCUGCUGCCGAUACAUUGACUGCCUUAGCAUCUCAUUCAAGCCACUUGAUUGCAGAUGGGACCACUUCCAUGAUAACAGCCCUUGAAGCUUGCCGAUUUGAUAAGGUACUUAUUGUAUCUUUUCUUACUGCAUGGGGUUGGUAUGUAUUGUGUAAAAUAAAUGAAGGUUAUGAAGCUUGUUCGAGAAUAGAACUUUUGAUUACAAUUUUUUUCAUUACCAAGGAAAAAGUUACUACAACAUUUGCAAACAGAAUAAUUGACAUUUCCACAGAAAAAUCAUGUUAUUGUGAUGAUUCAUCCACUAAACCUGUGGAAGUUGUGGUCCCUCGCAGAUGUCUUAAUUCUUCCAAUUCCCAUGACGAGAGAGAAUUGGAUCCAACUGAUAGAAAUUCAUGGGACAGAUUAAAUCAAAAUGACCCUGAAACAGAUCUUAAGGGAUCUGGCAACAUUAAAUACCGUAACCUUGAUAGAGGAGCUGCUGGUCAGUUCAAUAAACUACAAGAUCCUGAUGAACUUGUGCGGGAUAAAUGGAAUGAACAGAGAGCAUUGAGAGGAAAAGACCUGAAUGCUAUUGGGCCAUCUGAACAGAGAACAUUGAGGGGAAAAGACUUGAAAACCACAGGUUUUGACGUUGAUGACAGGAAUGGAUUUAAUGAGAGGGACGAUUCUAGUGCACGUGCAUGUUUUACCAAACUGGAUGGUCUUUCUGAAGGAUCUCUCAUGAAUAGUAAAGGAAAUUGGUUAGCUAUUCAAAGGCAGUUAGCACAACUGGAGAGGCAACAAGCGCACCUCAUGGACAUGUUGCAGGACUUUAUUGGUGGGUCCCAUGACAGCAUGAUAACUUUAGAGAACAGAGUCCGGGGUCUUGAGAGAGUUGUUGAGGACAUGGCACGAGAUUUGGCUAUAUCAUCAGGAAGAAGAGGUAGUAACUUUAUGGUGGGAUAUGAAGGCUCUUCUGGUAGGCUUUUCAGCAAGUAUAAUGGCCUUCCUGACUACACUAGCACCAAGUUAGGCAGAGGCAGUGAUGGGCGGAUUCCACUCUCAGAAAGGUUCCUCCCAUCUGAUGGUAUUGUUUCAGGAGUGAGGGGAAGGGACCCACCUUGGAGACCUGAGGUGUCUGAUGCGUGGGAUUCUUACAAUCAUGGUAGUUCUAGAAAUGGGAAUAUGGGCUCUAGAAGAGCCCUAGGUGGUGCUUCAAGUGAUGGUAGAUCACCUAGAGCUGAACAUGAUAGCGAUCAGGUUGGUGGCCGGAGAGGUUGGGAUAAGGGGCCUGGACCUGUCCGGCUUGGUGAGGGGCCCUCUGCAAGAAGUGUCUGGCAAGCAUCAAAGGAUGAGGCUACUCUGGAAGCAAUUCGGGUGGCUGGAGAGGAUGGUGGAACAUCUCGAGCUGCAAAAAGAUUUGCUAUUCCAGAAUUAACUGCUGAAGCCUUGGGAGAUGAUAAUGUGGGUCAGGAUCGGGGGCCCAUCUGGGCUUCUUGGAGUAAUGCUAUGGACGCACUUCACAUAGGUGAUAUUGAGUCAGCAUAUGCUGAAGUUCUUUCUACAGGGGAUGAUUUUUUGCUUGUGAAGCUGAUGGACAGAUCAGGCCCUGUAAUUGAUCAGCUUUCUAAUGAAAUUGCAUCUGAGGUCUUGCAUGCUGUAGGACAGUUUGUACUGGAACAGAACUUAUUCGAUGUUGGUUUCUCUUGGAUUCAACAGUUAGCAGAUCUGGUGAUGGAAAAUGGACCUGACAUUUUUGGCAUUUCAAUGGAAGGCAAGAGAGAGAUCUUGCUCAGUUUACAUGAGGCCUCUUCCACCAUGGAAUUACCUGAGGACUGGGAAGGUGUCACCCCUGACCAGGUGAUGUUGCAGUUAGCAUCAGCUUGGGGAGUUGAUUUACAACAGCUUGAUAGAUAGUGCCACAAUAGUCCAAGAGUUGGUAUUGUGUAUUUUUUUGUUAUCUUUGUGUCCACUUGGAUAUGUUAGAUAAUGUAUUCCCAACACAAUUGAAAUUGCAUAUCAAAAUUGUUUGUUUUUUUUUUUCCUUUUCA